AUGGGGAGUAAUGAUCCAGUUCUGUUGGAACAACUUAACAGCAAGGUGGCUGAGCUUACUGCUUUUAUGGAGAAGCAGUCGCAAUUGAUUGCAAAGACUGGCCACCAGGUAAUGGAGAUAAAGAUAAAGGACAUGAAAGAUAAGAUGGAGCAAAUGGAUGCGGGAAACCCUGUUGCAACCAAUGUGGACAUGACUGAUUAUGUGACAAAUGAUGAUAUUGUUCAAUUGGUGGGAGAAUUACAGGGUCAAUUAGAUCACUUGGAAAAUAGGACCAUUAGAAGAGUAUUUAAUGCACAGCUCGAUGAACAUGAAAACCAAAGUAUUAUAGCUCCCCUCACCAAUAAAGAUGGGGAUUUACCUCCUGAUGAUAUCUUUCCAAGAACUAUUUUUGAUUUCAAAGGUUUAAAUCGUGCCGGUAUUAUUCGUUUGUGUGUGUUUUAUGAAUUAAUAAUAACAGAUAAUGAAAAUGAAGCCUUAAAAGAGUUUUUAGAUGGAAGUCACACUGUCCAAGAAAGCCAAAAAUUACUCUUCAAUCCUAGCAUAGAAGACGGUGUUGAAAAAAGAAUCAAAUCUUACACGGAUAAGCAAAUUGAUGACUUAUUUGAUGAGUUGGCAAAAUAUCUAGGCAUUAAGCUCAGGAGAAAUAAAGGUACAUGGUGA